GGCAUUGACAUUACUCAAUACUCAGUCUGGUAUGUUAUGUUUGAAAUUUUUGCGUUAGAUUUUGGUGUUAAUUUGCUCCAUUUCAGCCUUCACAAUUCUUUUGGUUAUUAUCAGUUUAGUUUGACGUGUUGUGAAAUUGAAAAAUAAAUUAUUGCAUAAUUUGAUCUUUGGUUACUUGUGAUACUUUGGUUAUUUAUAAUUCUGUGAAAGGUAUAUUAUUUCUUAAUAAGUGUAGAGUUAUCUUCAGAAAUGGAAAAUUCAAAUAAUUCUGACAGUAACCCCCUGCCAGCAGCAGCAACACAUGUCAGGAAGUCGGUCAGUGUGGACACGUCCGCUAGUGUUGAAGAUACAAGUCUUCCAGGAGGGGACAAACAGGAAGAAGAGGAGCAAAGUAUAGAAGACCUAAUCAUAGACGUAGAAUGUGAGGAACUGGACCUGAACCACCGGCGGAUAGCAAAGAUAGAGGACCUGGAACCUCUGAGGUGUCUGGAGCGGCUUUACCUGCGGUGGAACCUCAUCAAGCGGAUCGAGAACUUGUCAACAGUGACGACUCUACGAGAGCUGGAGUUGUAUGACAACCAGAUCACUGUCAUAGAGAACCUAGAUGCUCUCGUCAACCUGGAAAUUUUAGAUUUAUCGUUCAACCGUAUCAAAGAGAUUGGUGGUCUGGAGAAACUGGAGAACUUAGAAAAGUUAUACUUAUGCUCAAAUAAAAUAUCCAAAAUAGAAAAUGUCAACCACCUGAAAAAGCUUAGGCUUCUUGAGUUAGGCGAUAACAAAAUUAGGGUUGUUGAAAACUUACAGGGACUAGAUGAACUAGAAAAUUUGUACCUAGGAAAAAAUAAAAUAACCAAAAUUGAAAAUGUGGAAACACUAAAAAAGCUCACAAUUGUAAGCUUUCAGGCCAACAGACUGACAGAGAUAUCGGGACUAGAUGCUCUGACGGAGCUGCAGGAGUUGUAUCUCUCGGAGAAUGGGAUCAUCCAGAUCCAUGGUUUAGACCACAACACCAAGAUCUCCACCCUGGAUCUGGCUCAAAACAAGAUCACCUCCAUCAGUGGCAUUUCCCACUUGCAACAACUAGAGGAGUUUUGGUUGAACGACAACCUGGUGAGUGACUGGAGCAAUGUGGAUGUCCUGUCGCACAACAAACAACUGGUGACUGUGUACUUGGACCACAACCCCAUCGCCAAGGAUACCAACUACAGGCGCAAAAUCAAGUUAGCUGUACCCUGGAUUUCACAAAUAGAUGCCACUCUAGCCAGAUAAGAGCUGAUAGCAGCGGAAUCUGCCCAUUUCCUACUACUAGAAUCUGUUUCUACUCCUCUCACUGUACUGAGAUGAUCGCAGUCUUGUAACUGGUGGAACCGAUUCGAUUUGUAUUGGUCACUAAAAUUAAAUUAACCUUGUGCGAGGUAAACUAUUCAUCGUUAUUCUGAAAGAUGAAAAUAUGGAUGAUGAAAUGUUUUGUAUGUUUUAAAAUUUAUAGUUUGUACAAGUGAAUGUCAGUAAAAUUGGUACAUUGUGAAAUGUCAUAUUAAUGUCAUGUACUUGAAAAUAUAUUUCAAAACUUGUUGAUUCAUAUCAUUACAAAAAUGUUGAACACUGAGUUUUUUUAACCCUUAUUCUGGCAUAAACCGAACUUUUAAUAUGAACAAUUGUGAAUCGUUUUUCAUAUUGACAUUAUUCUGGUAUCUUUGGAAACAUUCUGUUGUGAGCAAAUGUUAUGUAUUUUACAUUUUUUAGCCUGUGAUGAUGUGACAGAGGAGAAACUUAUUUGUUAUGGACACAGUAAUGUAAGCAGUAAUUAAUUAAAAGCUUUGUUUCAUUACUACUGCAUUUCACCUGAAUUGAAUGUGUUCUGUUACAAUUUGUUAUGUUUAUUCAGUAUUAAAUUUAUGGUACUAUAUAAUAUAUUAGUAUUGUAAUUUCAGUUAGUAAAUCAUAGCACAGUAUUUUUUAAUAUAUUAAGUAAAAAUAAAGAAAAUUAAAUACACUUACUUUAUAAAUCAAACCCCUUUUAUUUAACAUUAUUCUUCUUCGCUUUGGUAAUAGGGAUCCAUUUUUAUAUUAGGAAAAUAUACAUUCCUUUAUAAAUUUAACAACAGUUAUUAUCUAAUAAAACAAAAAUUAACUUGUUUUAUUAUCUUAUCACUUAGCUUAAAUGUUCUUUGAUCAAAAUUUAUAAUUUCUUCUUUACAAAUCUGUAAAAUGAAUAUUUUAUUUGAAUAAAUCAAGCAUUUUGUUUUGUCUAAAUAAAUUGUUACUAUCAAAUAUAAUAGUUAUUAUUAUUUUCUUUGGCUCAUUUUGAAAAUAAUAAUUCCAUGACAAUUUGCUAUAUAUAUAUUUUUUUUAUUCUCUUGUUCAGGAAUGGCUUGGAAACAAACAGUAAAAUAAAACCAGAUGGAGGGUUAAUUAAAGCAGUCCAAUUAAACAACAAUUGCAAUUACAAUCAUUCAUCUAAAAUUGUACAUGGAAUGAAUGAAUACAUUCUUGUGUUAGGGUGUUUAUCUUGUUUCAUUUACCUAAUGUUUCAGCCUAGUUUGGGAUAAUUGUAAUAUUAUGUUAUUUAAAGUUGUACAGAUUUUUUUAUAAAGUAAUGUAAUACGAGAAAGGUUACAGUUAUGCUGUAAUGUGUCUAACUGAGAAGUAUUUUUGUUGCCAAAUAAACCUUAUCCAACAAUUACAAGUUUGUUUUGUUGUUGAAAUAAGUAACCGACUUUUCUUUAAAAAAAUCUAAUUUACUAGUUAAUUGAAGAUCUAAAUUCAGGCAAAUAGUCUUCUUAUUUAUUUUAAAUAAUACUACUAACACUUUUACUGUAGCUACAGUACAUCAAUGGUUACUUUUAAUUGUUGUUUGAUAUGUCUGUCUGUAUCUGGUUGGUGGAAGCCUAAGAGAGUGGUUAUUACCAGAUUCAUCGGCCAUGCCAUUUUUGCAAGAGUGAGCAUGGAGCGUAAGAGUUCGUGAACAUUUGUCUAGAUUUCUGACCUCAGAAUCUGGACUGGACACAGCCGGUUCUCAGAGUGAUGUUUUUUGCUUGACUAGUACAACUAGAACACUGUCCUUAGGUUUCCAUUAAAACAGUAUCUAGAUGAAGAUAUGCGUAACAAGUAAGUGUAGAAAAACAAGUAGGUUCAUAAUAUUUAGUUGGUGUAGAUAAUGAAAUAUGUUGUACCAUGAUAAAUGCAACCUAAAUUUAGAUCACAUUCUGAAAUAUCAGAAUGUAUUAGUACUCGGGUGUCUAUAUGUACUAGGGUGUGCUUAUACUUCUCACCUAUCCUCGGAACCAUCUUAAGAGAGAGGGUUUUAUCUAACGUUAAUAGAUUGGCGUUAAACACAGAGAGAUGAUAACGUUUUGUCAACUCUGUAAUGAUCUAUCGUAAGGCAAUUACCAUGGUUUAGGUUGCACAAAAGUUAGAUUUAUAAUGACUUGGUAGAGUACAGUCAAACUAGACUCAGUGUGGAACAUGAUUCUAUUUAUAACUCUGAAGUUUAGAACAAAUCUUAGAAGGAAACUCAGCAGGUGUUAUGAUUAUUUAUUAUAUUUAAAAAUUAAAUUCAAUUUUUUUACAUUUUGAACACUUCCAGCCCCAUUCUAUCAAGAUAAACGAGGCUGAAUGAUCAUUUAUAAGUCUUAUAGAAUAGAUGCAUAUCAGCAACUUAUUAAAUUGUUUUUUAGUACAAAAACUAUCAAACUACAAUUUUGUAUUGUCUUUUCCUAUACAUACAUAUGAAUUAUGAAAAAUUAUUCGUGCUAUGUGCUUCAGAUCAAAUAAACUGUUAGUAAAAAGUAACGAUUAUUUCAUACUAAUUGUUUUCAUUCAUUGGGAAAACAUUUUUGAUCAAUACUCAUUUCCCAGAAUUUUGUUUUAAAUAUAAGGUACAAAAUUUAAUAAUCAAGAUAAACCAGAUGAGUGUAUUCACUGGGUACAAAUUUCAAAAUUUUUGCCUUAAUGUAAGAGUUAAGUAAGAGAAAUAUUUGUUUUUGCUGUUUUGGUUGUACCAUAUUAUAAAUCCUCAUCAAUGACUAUUUGUAAAAGCUCAAACAUUCUUAAUUUAUGAAUAUAAGUAUAUACAUUUAUAGUAUAAAAAAAUCAAUAACUAUUCUUAUUAAAUACUAUUUUCUUUCAGUAAUCUUGCAAAGCUCAUGAAUUUCAUGAUUACUAAAAUAUUAUUUUGGAACUAAAAGUUUGGAAUUACAAACAAUUUUUCAAUCUGUAUUAAAACCAAGUAAAUUUGUCUUUUAUGUAUAAAAAGUAUAGAAUGAAGUAAAUGUUAUAAAAUUAAAACGUUAUGUCAACAUCUAAAGUAAUUGAAAACUGAGAAUAAUUAUUGUAUGCCAAUUAAAAUAAAGCAGGUUCAGAAUCUAAUACAUGGUUGUAUAGACAAAUUGUUGCCAUUUGCAAUUUUUUUUAAGUGCACAGACACACUGUUUUUAUAAGACAAGUCCAUAACAUAUUCAAAGCUUUUAUCUGUUUAUAGUGAAGCCUGUGCAAGAGCAUCUUAUCAGACAGAAUAAGGAAAACAGUAUUGUGAAGCUGUGCUCUAAUCAAAGGAAGGAUGUGAUAGGACAUUAUCUUGUAUGUAUCUAAGCUCAAAAACUUGCUAUUUUAAUGCAACUACUGGCUUUUCCAAAUAGAUUUGAUCAUUGUGCUCAUUAAAUUACGUGUUAGCACUUGUAAAUUAAAUUGAUAUUAAGUAUAGAAUCAAAAUGUUAAUUGCUGUAUUUUAGCUUUAAAAGGUUUGAUACCACCAGUAAAUGAUCACACAUUUUCCAAUGUUUAUUUCAUUUUUGCAAAGUAUUUCGAAAUCAAAGAUUCCACUGUCAGACAACUUCACAAAAGGCCUCGCAAAAAUAAAAUAAAUAUUAGAAAAUUUGUAAUCAUUUACUAGUGAUAUCAAAUUAAAAUCUUUCCAAUGCUUCAAGAAUCGUCAUUUAUAAGAUUUGUAUUAAAACCUUUUAACAACUGUUACCAACUGCACCAAGUAUUCCAAUCAAUGUUUAAGUGUUGGUAUCAAAAUUAGUCAGAGCAAAUAUUGAUACAUUGAUACAAUUUAUCAUAUGAACUGCUUCUUCUUUCUUGUAUAUUGCUCUUAACCUUACUCUGAAUAAAAUUACAUAUAUUGAGUGUCACUAUUUUGAAUGUAAUCUUAAUGGAUAUUUUCUCAAAAGAUGUCUAAAAUCCCAAAUUAUCAUCACCGUGAACUUGUAAUGAUUCCUUAAUGGUUGUAAUUUUGAGAUGUGAUGUUAGUGUAUAUUAAUAAUAGUGUGUAUAGUUUUCAGAUGUGAAUAUUACACUUAAAAUUGGGUUUAUUACAUGUUUGAAUCUGAUAUACUUCCAGCCAGCACAGGACCAAAUAGUAUAAUGUGUAGAAUUUCACAAACACGAGUGUGUUUGUGUUGCUGUUUUCAAGUACUUUGGUCAUGUUUAACUCGUUGGUUACUAUAGUAGAUGUUUCACAACUUCGUAGUUUUAUUGAGUUGUUUACACACGAGGUCUAAAGGUCAUUAUUCUAAAAUUUUAACUUGUGGAUAUAUUGAAUUUGCUGUUAAUUUUUAAUGUUUGCAAGUGUUGCAUUUCACAGUAUGUUGAUUGAAAUAGUGCUACUAUCGUUUUUCAGACAAUUUAUGUUCAAUUAAUCUAAGCAUGACUUUUCAAGGUUUAAAAUAAUUAAUGAAACUUUCUGAGUUGCUCUGUUUUAACAGUAAUGAAAGUGUUAUGUCUGUAUACAGUUUAUAUUUAUUUUACAUCCAUAUGUGUAUAUUAAACAUGCGUUAUCAUACCACCAAUUAGAAAUAACAUCCAUAUGAUGUCUCGUCCUAAUUGAUAGAGUAAUGACAUAUUUUGCAGGGAGCUAAUUUUAUAUUGUGUAUAGUUUACGGACUUUUGUUGUAUAUUAUUUUAUUUUAUGAUAUUAUAAGUAUUAUCUAAAUGCAGUGCUUUAUAUAACUAGCCUUAUAUCUUUGAAGUGAACGGUUGAGACAAUCUGCACAAAAAGCUUGACUCGUUACAUAUUGAUAGAUCAACUGAUGUAGUGAUUUGCCUAACUAAACAAUUCAUUUGUCAUGUGAUUUUAUUCAGUUAUUGAUAAAAAAUCCUGUAUUUUGUAAGAAUUAAAACAUUAGUGUUAACAUGUGUAGGUACACUGGUUAAGGUACACACAGCUUUCUUUGAGUAAAAUUCUUCCGAGAGUUUAGAGGUUAGAUUUAUUGUAGUAUCCGGGUGACCUCAUUGUUGAGUUUGACUUCAUAAGGCCAAAGAUGGAAAUGAGGGAAGUUUUACAGAUUGUCACGGUUUUAUAACAAAAAACUAAAAGAUAUUAAGUAUUGUAUUGAUCUCUUCUUCAAAUGCAAAAAUAUUUUCUAUUCAAUUUAUAACCAGUCAUUCAAGGUUUUAAGGUGUAAAUUAUGAUGUCUCAAACAGGUAAUUAAAAUGUAUCUUAAAAUAUUUAAAACUUGUCUAUCAGCUUAUCAGGAUCAAAUUUCAUAUUUGUUACCAAUCUGUAGAGUUGGUGCCUAACUUCAGUUUUAUUUGGACCUUUAGCUAUUAAAUAAUAUUUUCAGACAAGAAAUAUUCCUAAUGCUUCUUUGAGGUUCAUAUUUUUACUUGCACUUUUUGGACAAAAUUAAAGGAAUUUCCUACAAAUUUGGGCUCCAAGACAGAAAAUGUGUUAAAAUAUAUCAACUGGUUCUUAAGAAACACAGAGAGAAUUCGAAGGAUACAUUAAUGAAAAUAUGUAUUUGCAUAAUUUAAAACUCAGAUUAAGCAAUUAUGAUUAGAAUAUUCUAAAAUUAUGGUGUGAAAUUUUGAUGGUUAAUGUACCGUUAUGAAGGCAUAGAAGACCCUGUUUGCUUUCUUGGAUAGUAAGUAGCGCUUGUUCAAGAGGAAGCCUAGAAGAUUACAAAUAGUAUGUUUAUGUUAUUAAAGCUAAAAGUCAAAUGUUUGGUAAUUGAUCAUUCCGUUUCUUUCUUCUUGCUAUAUGGUAUUUAAACUGAGUUAUAAUUUUUACAAAAAUUAAGAGAAAGAUUGAAUGUAUGCACAACAUAAUUAUUAUAUGACCAUUUUAAGACUAGAUUUGUUUUGAAUUAUGGUAAUGUUACUAUUCCUAAACCAAAGUUAUUUAUUAUAAACUGUACUCCAGGCAAAAAUAGUGCAGGAUAUAGUUUAACACAUUGUUACAUUUUGAUGUUAAAGUGUGAUGCAAAUUAAAAUACAGUUGGAAUUGAAUAAAA